AAACGGGGUGGCCGGGCUUCCCCCGCGCCCGGGCUUCCCCCGGCUUCCCCUAGCAGUUUCCUGAUGGGUUUAUUUCCUGAUGCCCUCGAUUAGGCAUCUGCAAAUGAAAAUAUAUUGUUGCAGAAUGUGGUUUAUGAACAGGUGAUUGGAUUGAGAUUGGAAUUGUUAUUAUAUUUGGAUAAAUACGUGGUUGUUGGGCUGAAAUAAUAUAAAAGAUUGGCACCAUUUCAAGAUGUUAAAUGUGUGCUACAGUGAGCUGUGGUAGACCUCCUUGGUUGCACUCAGUAUCAUGACAAAGCUUCAACUUCCAGGCCAAGCGGAGCCGCGGCUCUGCACGGACCUGAACGGCCGUCAGAUACGCACCAACGAGCGCUACACGCCCUGGUGGGACGAGUGUACGGUGUGCACGUGUGACAACGGUGAACACAAGCUCUGCCAGUCGGUCAUGUGCGCCGCGCCGCGGACAUGUCGCCAGUACCAGCUGGGCAAGAAGUGCUGCGAGUUCAUCUGUCUGGACGGCGGCGGCGAGGCCGGCGCCUCACCCGGCUACCUGGGCGGCUCCAAGGACCUCGGUCUGCGCCUCGUGGCCUCGGCGGUGACGGCCGUGCUGUCGCUGGCACUCCUGCUGUUCCUGGUUUACCGGCUGCGGCAGAGGCGACACAGAGGCCCUCCAUCUCUGCGUCCCGAGGAGACCUACAACCUACAGCUAAUGAACUACCUGCGCGGCUCGGGCUACCUGGGCGCCGGCGGUGGCCGCGGCAGCCACGACUUCUACUACGAACAGCCGCCGCCGCCCUACUCGGUGUGGAAGCCGCCCCAGGUGGCCACGGGCGAGGCGCCGCCGCCCUACAGUGAGGCCAUCCGUCUGCCGGAGUUACGGCAGGGUGUGCCGCCUCCUACCCCGCCGCCGACAGCGCGGACCACUGCUGAACGCUGGCCGCAGGCGGUGCUAGUACUGGCACCGGCCGUGACGGCGGCGGGGGCUGGCGAGAUACCCCGACAGCGCGCUGCUAUCGUCAGUUCGGACCUGGACCCGGAGGCCGGCCCGGACUCGGACCCGGAGCUGCCCUCGUACCCGGACCCGGAGCCGGGGUCGGACUGUGACGGCGCACUGGCUCCGGAUCUCUCCCCGGAGCCGGAGCCGGCUGCCCGCCGCGCCCGUCCGCAGCCCCCGGAGCGUGUGCUGCAGCGGUUCAGUCUUCAUCUCCAGCUCGACUGUAGUGAUUCGGCCACCAGCUCGAGUCCGACCCUAUCUCCGGACGGUGGCACGAGGCCCGGCAGCGUCACCAGUUCCAGCAGCACGGAGCGAAGCGAGUGAGUGAGGCGAGCGGGAUUGGGUAGGACGGGAGGGAUGCGUGGGGGUCGGUGUCGGGACGUGGGGUCGCCUUGUGUGCUAUGCAGACGUUUAGUGGUACGGUGAAUCUAGGACGAGGCGAGGCGACGGUUAUAAGGAUCGUCGAUUUAUGCAGCGCUGAAGCGAUGUGAAAGUCUGUAGAUGUAGAGGGCUGCGUUAUCUAGCUGCCGAGGCAGGCGACUGCCCCAUAGGUGUCUAGCAGCGCCACCUACGUAUGGUGACGUGUGGCGACACCGUAAUCCAGCCGUCGCGCUGGCAACGGCAGGGUCGGUCCCAUAGACUGCGCAUUGCAACCGAGAAACCGGCGUAUUUUAGACGCGUUUUAGCUAGCGUGUUUACAAUUAUCAGAUCCAUGUAUGUGUGGAGAGUGAAUCAGGGUUUCGCCAUCAACCUUUUAAUAUGUCGACGUACUGAACAAAUGCGAUUUUCCUAUUGAAUAUUCUCGUGCGCGCUUAGUGAUUCGAGGCAUGAAGUAGGCAACAUUAAGCCGAUGUCAAUCCCUGGUACUCGCUAUUAGUCUUGUAGGUAACUACCCGUUGCACGUCAGUUUGGACGGUACAAAGUCUCUUCCGUCUCCGGCCUACCUCUCGGACGCAGUAUCGUGACGGGGCUGGCCGGGGCUCUCUCCCGGGACUAUUACGACCCCCUCCGGGAUUAUUACUACCCCCUCCAGGACUGUUACGACCCCUGCCGGGACUGGUACGUCCCUUCCCGGGGUUGUUGCGUACAACCCUUUCACGGGGUGUUAUUAUUCUCUCCGGGGUUGUUACGACCAUUUCCGGGAUUUUUGCGUACGGUCCUUUCACGGGAUGCUACGAUUCUCUCCGGGGUUGUUACGAUCCUCCGGGAGUGCCGCGACCCUUGUACGGUCCACUGCGGGGUUGUUAUGACCCUCUCCCGUUGCCACAGCUCGCUUCCAUUGAUAAAAGAGUCCCCUACACAUACCCACAUCUACCCUUCUCUGGUGCGUGCUCGGUAGGUUUGGUAAUCGGUAGCAACGCUAGAAACUAGGCAGGGUACAAUAGUUAGGAACGACGGUUGGAGGGGAGGUUCUACGACUCUCUGCCCGGAGUACGGGAAACGCGUUCUGAGUUAUUUCGCCGCCGCUGUGAGAGAUGUCCAUCUGAGGAACAUGAAAAGUUUGGAUAGCUUUGGGUCUUACCGUUCAUGGGAACCUGUGGCUGCAAUUUUAACUGCAAAAUUCCAUUGCAUAGUGUUACUGUGAUAUCAGUGGACAAAUUUCUUGCCUGUUGAAGUCGCUCUUUGAUUUUGACAUUUUAUUUUCCAUUUACUCACACAUGAAAAGCGCUGAAUCGCCUAGGAAAUUGCCAGUUUACCUUUAGAACUAUGAUAACGACCAAUGUUUUGGAUUGUUUUCUUUUGGAACCACUGGGAUAUGCAGGUGUUUGUGGGAUUUUUUAAAUGUUGCGAAAUUUCAUUAUCCUCAGCGAUUCUGUGAUAUAAAUGGACAAAGCUCAUAUGCGCUGCAGCCCUUGUUUCAUUUUAUUUACGUUUUAAAGCACGACUUGAGACCUUGACGUCCCGAACUCCACAGACAGAUUAUUGUACAGUGCACACUAUUGGUCGUUUUUUGCCAUUGAUUUAGCCGCUGUUUGAGUUAUGUGUAUGCGGCGCGAUGCUGUUUAGUUUAGCACAAUUAGUUGAGUCGUAAUGGACCGUGUAUCGUUAUAUGCCUGCCCCACUUGCUGUAAUAUGUUGUAAGGUCGCACAAGGUUGUUGGCCUCCGCUAUUUUACGUUCGCACAGGGUAUUUGCGCCUAUAAUGCUAGCGUUUCUAUUUGUAAGCUACGCAGCAGUUAAGCUUGGGCCAUUUAUUUGCCGGAAUUUAGGCAACUCCGUAAUGCAGCCUCAUUUAUCCAGCCCUGGUUAUCUUGAAAGAGGUCGUGUUAUGUAUCGAGUUAAUAAUAUCGGAGUGUGUAUUUAGCCACACGGAGUUUUACAUACACGGAUCCGCUGCUGCUAUAUGGGCGAUAUGAUGAACAAACAGGCCCCAUAUAGCCUCCCAUUGUGUUAUUGCCUCUGCAAGUGGUAUCGAGUCCGGCCCCGCUUGUUGAAGCGAGCCCGGUCGACCCUUGGGACUCACAUGUAACAUACACGUGUAACCCAUGGAGCGCGUAACACAUACACUAUGCAGUUAGUAGGAGAGCUGGCCUGCGGUUCAUUGCUUAGCUCGACCUCGUUAUUGCAUAUAUGAAAUAGUGGACUGCAGUAGCUCUACGCGCCGCCGGCAGACUCCCCGCUCGAGUACCCUGGUAUUACUGUGAUAUAUUCGCUAGCUCUAAGUGAUGGCCGCCGCUGAUAUAUGUAACGGUGACUGGUGGAAUAUUUCCUGUGUCACAAUGAAUGAUAUGUGUACGUGUGCAUAUGUAUGCUAGUGUGCACUCUGCACUAGAAUGUCUAAAUACAUGGACGUAACUUGA